GCAGACCUAAAAGGAAGAAGGGCAGCCGUAUGGUUGAGGAGCAAGAUGGAAGAAGACAUAAUGUACAUUUUUCAAAGCACAGUACGACAAAGGCAAGUAAAUCCAUUCAUUGUGAAAAGUACUUCAGAAACAGAUCACAGCUCCUUGUGCACCAAAGAAUACACAGAGGGGAGAAACCUUUUGAAUGCUCAGAGUGCGGAAAGAAAUUCAGUGGGAGUCAUAAUCUUAAGCAGCAUCAGAGAACCCACACAGGGGAGAAACCUUUUGAAUGUUCAGUGUGUGGAAAGAGAUUCAUUCAGAGGAUCAAUCUUCAACGGCAUCAAAGAACCCACACAGGGGAGAAACCAUUUGAAUGUUCAGAAUGUGGAAAGAAAUUCAGUUUGAGUGGCACUCUUCAACUGCACCAAAGAACCCACACAGGGGAAAAGCCUUUUGAAUGCUCAGUGUGUGGAAAGGGAUUCAGUAGUAGUGCCAAUCUUCAACAGCAUCUAAGAACUCACACAGGGGAGAAACUUUUAAAAUGCCCAGUGUGUGGAAAGAAAUUCAAGUUCAGUGACACUCUUCAGAAGCAUCAGAGAACCCACACAGGGGAGAAACCUUUUGAAUGCUCAGAGUGUGGAAGAAGAUUCAGUCAGAGUGGCAAACUUAAACAGCAUGAGAGAACCCAUACAGGAGAGAAACCUUUUGAAUGUUCAGUGUGUGGAAAGAGAUUUGGUGUGAGGGGGAAUCUUCAACUGCAUCAGAGAACCCACACAACGGAGAAACCUUUUGAAUGCUCAGAAUGUGGAAGGAAAUUCAGUUGGAGUAGCGCUCUUCAGCAGCACCAAAGAACCCAUACAGGGGAGAAACCUUUUCAAUGCUCAGAGUGUGGAAAGAGAUUCAGACAGAGUGGCCAUCUGCAACAGCAUCUGAGAACCCACACAGGGGAGAAACCUUUUGAAUGCUCGGAGUGUGGAAAGAGAUUCAGUCGGAUUAGUAAACUUCAACUUCAUCAAAGAACCCACACAGGGGAGAAACCUUUUGAAUGCUCGGAGUGUGGAAAGAGAUUCAGUCGGAUUAGUAAACUUCAACUUCAUCAAAGAACCCACACAGGGGAGAAACCUUUUGAAUGCUCGGAGUGUGGAAAGAGAUUCAGUCGGAUUAGUAAACUUCAACUUCAUCAAAGAACCCACACAGGGGAGAAACCUUUUGAAUGCUCAGAGUGUGGAAAGAGAUUCAAUCAGAGCAGCCAUCUUCAUAAGCAUCUGAAAACCCACACAGGGCAGAAACCCUUUCAAGGAAAAACCUUUUGAAUGCUCAAACUGUGGAGUUUUACUCAGCAUGGAAAUCUUCUACAGCAUAUUUAUCUAUAUGU